AUGGAGGGGGGAGCUGAGGCGGGGGAUGAGGAUGAGGAGGCGGUGAGGGGAGAGGAGCGGGCGGCCGAGCAGCUGCGGGAGCAGCUGAGGGGCAUCCGCGCGGCCGCCGCGCGCGGCGCGCUGCUGCUGCUCUCCCCCGGCCCCGCGCGCGACGGCGGCGGCGCGCGGCGGGCCGCAGCGCAGCUGUUAGCGCGCAGCGGGGCGCCUGCCGCCGCGCGCACGCCGGGGGAGGCGGCCCUGCGGCGCCUCGGCACGCGCCGCGGCCGCAGCAGGCUAGCCGACCCCCUGGCCCCCGCUGGCGCCGGCGGCGGCGGCGGCGGGCGGUCCUUCCGGAGCAGCCGCUACUGCAGCUGCAACAGCAGCAGCAACAGCCGCAGCAGCGCGGCGAGCGGCGGCAGCAGCAGCAGCGGCUUUGACGUAGCAGCGGUCUGUGCAGCCCUAAGGGCCCUGGCCGGCGCCGGCGGCAGAUCUGCAGCCGGCAGCCGCGGCAGCCGCGGCGGUGGCAGCGCGCGGGCGCUCGCAGCGCUGCGGGGGUGGUGGGGGGGCGUGUCGUCGAGGGUGGGGCGGGCGCUGGUCAUUGCCUGA